UGGUGGAGGAAGAGGAAGAAGCGGUGGUGGAAGUGGAGUUGGAGGCCCUUGGCUCUGAAAGCAGCUUUGAAACUGAAACCCCGGAUGUACUUGGGGACGGUGGCCACCCCACCCCUGAGGACGAAGACAGCAGGUCCUUGUUCUUUGAGAAGAACCUGGAGCAACUUGACACCUCACACACAGUAAUGUGUACAUUCUCAAUUUCACUAGCUGUGCCAAUGGCUGCAGGUCCAAAGCAUAGGCCAUCCAAUUUAACUGACAGGCAGAGAAAAAAGUCUAAUGUUGGGAAAGAUGCAGCAGCUAUUCCAAAAAUGCGGCGUUACUACCACAUUGAGUACUUCCUUCUACCAGACGAUGUUGAGCCUAGGAAACUUGAUUUGGCGUUGUUUGGUGUGGUGGCCAAGCUGUUUGUGGAAUGUGAAUCCAAGCCAUCGACUGCACAGGUUCAAGCAGAGCGCUACAGGCAGAAACGGCCGACAACAAUAAUUUCCUCAGUUGUGAAACCGUGGUUUGAAAAUGACCAAAUAUGGGUGUCCUGGAACCACAGUAUUAAUAUUCAUGUUACUAACGAGUUUCUAAUAAAACUGAGAGAUCACAAAGUAACUCUGACAAUAUGGGAUACCAAGGACAAAGUUUCUGCAAAAGCUAGGUUUAGUAAACCCAGGGUUCCUUUUUCGCAGGUAGAGGAUUCAGAUGCUAUUGGUGGAGUAAAAUAUACAGUGUUAUUGCAAAGAAAACUCUUUGAGGACAAUCAGCCAGAACUCAGCUAUGUUAAAAUUAAAGGUGUGAAGGUACCCAGUGCACCAGAGAAACCUGCAAUGGGUUUUGCAGCAGGGGAAAGUAAGUCUUUACUGGAGGAAGCUGAACUGUAUGAGGCACCAGCAUCCCUUUCUGUUUUCCAAUCUUUACUUCCUCCCUCAAGGACAGAUGACUUUCCUUCAGUGAGUCGUUUUAGUGUUUCAGGAAGUAUCCUUUCUAACAGAGACAAAAUCCUGAAUGAGGGCAAUUAUUUGAAGCAGAAUACAAUUGCUGGCUUUUCAGAUUAUGUGAUUCCAAAAAAGCCAGAGAAAACGAAGUUCAGCUUGGAAAAUGCAGCAGACCACACAGACAAAAAAGAUCCAAAAGGUAAAAGGAAAAGUUCUACUCCUAAAAGAGGCCCUGCUCUUAAAGAACGAAGGCAGAGCAACCGUAAAGUGUCCAAUGCACAGACCCUGAUUGCGGCAUUGACAAAGAAGUGUGGCAUAGCAUCUUUGCAACUGGAUCUCAUGCCUCUCCUCUCAGGGGAAAGGUUAGUGAUCAGUCGACUGCAAGAGAAAUCCCCUAAGAUUUUAGAUGCUUAUGUGACUUUCACUACAGAAGAACCUCUUAUGUCUGAGAGACAGAUAAGGGAAUUAAAUCCACUGAUUAUUAAGAUUCAUUCUGCUACAUGCCUCCCGAUGACUCCUGUCCCAAUUGAAGUGCUGCAGGCGACCUGUGUUCCCACAUACUGCAGAUACCAAUUUCACAACCUCCCUCCUCAUCAAACGCAAGGGCAAACCCAUGGAACUCACAUCUAUUUUAAAGAUGUCAAUGUGAUUCUAACAGGGACAAUCAGUCCUGGGGAAUUGUGUGAGUAUUUUAGAGGACCACCUUUGGAGAUUGAGGUUCAUGACCGGGACAGAAAAAUGGCAGAGGACAUUAAAAAACCCUCUUUGUUUGGUGAUGAGCAAGAUGAUGGAGAGCUGAGUAAUGUGGGUCUUGUCUCUUACAAACACACAGCCUAUAAUCCAUUUACAGAAAAGGACAAUUUAUGGCAUCCCUAUGGGGUAGCUAAAGUCAGUCUAACUGACCUACUACUAGGUGAAAAGUAUCUAAAUAUCAGUGUGCCCAUUCAUAGCUGCUCAGUUCCAGAUCCUGGCUGCCAGAAGGAUAGUAAGACUGAAAAAAUGAUGGGAGUAUUGGGAUCAGUGGCUGGCCCUCAGACUUCUCCAUUGCCUAUGGGACAUUAUCUAGAAUCGGACUCAGUCCUGAAAGUAAGAGUUGAAAUAGCUGUGCCGCUAGGUCUGCAGGCAGAAACUGCUGACACUGAAGUUGCAGAUUGCCCAUAUGGUUGCAUUAUCUAUAUUUUUGACUACAAUAAUGCACCUUGCUUACAUGAUUUGCUGCAAGAGAUUACAGAAAUUAAUGCUGAAGCCCUCCAACUGGAUUCUUAUCCUCUACAAGUAAUUCAGAUGGCUCUUGCUACUUUCAAACUGAAAACUGCGACCAAGGAAAUUUCUGAGCUGGAUAUCAUUACUGGUUUUCAUAUACUGGAUGGAACAAUUCAUCUUUUAGUCUUGGAAGGAUUAAAGAACAAAGCAAUCAAGAGACUGUGGGAACAGCAAUUUGAUAAGACUCACAGAACUGAAAAUGGAAGGUUGGAUAUAUUAUAUAACUCACAGCUGUCUUUCCAUCAGCGCCUGUAUACAGACCUGGAAGCGAUCCUGUAUCAUAUCCACCUCUGUAAACCCCUCUCUUCUAUAACAAGACAACCUCUCCUUUAUGUCAGGGAUAUGGUUCCUCAGGCAUGUUUCCAAGCCUUGUCCAGGCUUGAUUAUCUCUGCCACAGUAAGAAGUUAAGGGAUGUCGUUCAGAGAGGUCUGUUGCCCUCUGCAGAAAUGAUCACAGUCUUGAGUCAGGAAUUUGGGAUUCCCCUAACUAAGGAGGAUUUGUUUAUACAAAGACCUUCCCUGCCCUCAGUCUCCCCAUUUGCUUUGCAAAACUCCAGAAAAGUUAUCAUAAAACAAGGAGCAAUGCAUUCUUUACUGGAUAACCACAAUGAAAAGUACAUUCAGUUUAAAAAGGAAAUGGAAGAUAAAAUGCAGCAUUACAAAGACCACAUCCAGACUAACAUUGAUGCCGUGUACCUACUCAGUAGGAAAGUGAAAAAGCCAAAGUUCAGAGCCAUCAGGAGUUCUCCUGCUGACGGCAAGUCGGUCUACAACUACAGUUCUCAGAAUCUGAAUUCUGCAGAACGGGCAAAGAUGCAACUUCGUAAAGAGCUGGCAAAGAAACCAGAGAGGAGCUUCGCUUAUUGCCACGAAUACCUGUCAGCCAUGUUUGAUCCUGUGGAUUUGGACACUGUCCGCAAAGAAUCUAUUGCAAAAUCCAAGAAUUUGUGGGUAUCGCCAAGUGGGUUUGUAUGUCCUGGAUUUAAGAGCUGCAUUGAAUCCAAUCUGCACCCUCGGAUGCCUGAUGAGACACGUUUGAAGGAGUUAACUGAGAAAUGGCAGGAGAACCUUCUGUUUGCUAACAUUUUGGAGCCAGUGCUGAGUCGUGACAGAUGGAGUUGGGACCAGCGUCAUAUAGAUUUUGAUCUUUACAAGAAGCCACCUGUUUACCUCCCAGCAUCAGCUCCUGCUACUCAUCGGGCAGUGGACACUUGGCUACAUGAAGACUCUGGUCAGCUUCAGAAAACUGUAUUUGAUGACACCAAGCUGAAAGUUUACAGGUGCUCCACAGCAGCCGAGCUAACCCCACGUGGCCCAAAAGCCAGUGCCCAGCUAGACAAACUACAGGGACUUCUCAAAGAUGAACCAGAGAAAUUCUCACUUAAGAGACCAGCCAUGAUCCUGCGGCCUAUCCCAGCACUGUCCGUGUUGCAGCAUAUACCUGCCUGUGGCAGUUACCCAGACCUGACGAGAAAGAGGAGCACCACCCAUGGAUUUGUUCCAGGUCUUGAAUACCAGCACAGCUUGAAGUGGAAUGGGAAUAUAGUCCCCUGCCAUGACAUGGAACACAGAAAGUUUGAAAAGCUGAAAGGAGCCGACUUCAAUUUACUUUGUUAUGAACAUUCCUUUCUUUACAAGAGGAAAAGACCGGAGAAGGGAGGGGAGGAUACAACCCUUAUGCUACAGCAAGAUGCCACUCAAUAGUCAGGUAAUUAGGUAGCAACUAAAAUAAAGAGGGGAUGGACUGUAGGCAUGCCUAAAGUAGAGAUGUAAAUUCUAGCUUCAGGAGAGCUACAAGCCUUAGCUGUGAUUGAGCUAAUCUGCUACAAAUAUAGUACACUAUGAGGGGCUAGCUAUCCUAUGUAUGUAGCCAGAAUUUAUAUCUCCAACGCAAAGUGUAGACAUAGGCACUGAAACCAUUACACAGGCUAUCAGCCUUUCAGAUAUUAAUCCCCCCCUGGAGUGAUAUUAAAUCAAUCCUCCUUAGGGGGUCAAGGAAAAAGGAGGUGCUGACCCUUACAGAACCUUCCCCUACACAGAAAUGCUGCAGAAAAUUACCUCUCCCUAGAUUCCCAAUCAAUUUCCCUUUAUCCAUAGGGAAAAUGAUAACAGGCAGAGAGGGAGCUAAAUUAGAAUUCUCUGAAACCCAAAUGGCAAGGGUUGCCUGUUUCUUUCUCCCCUCUAAGUUUUGCGUAUAAGGCCCUAAACCACCAAUACAAGUCACUUAUCAUUUGUUUUUACAAAGGACACUAUUAAGUAAGCAUUCUCCUGAAACCUACAUCAGUACUUUGACUGAUGGGCCAUCCCUAUGUUCCCAGCAGGAGCAUACAGCACAAGCCCAUAGUUCUCACUUUGAGAGAUAAUUAUUAUACACCCAUCAUUUGAACAAACUUUUUGCUAAUAGUGAAAUGUUUGUUCAUCCACUUACAGAUAGAG